AUGUCCCUCGACAGUGUCAACGACAAAACCUUGACCAAUAUCUUUGCCUUUAUUGGCAAUGUCCCUGACUUCUGCCGCAGCGCUGCCUCCUGUCGCCGUCUCCGGAACUUUCUGAAGGACGACGCGGUGUGGAAACUAUGCCCUAUCGACGAUUGCGACGAUUGGGAUGACGAUUGGGACGAUUGGGACGCGUAUCAGCAGACGAAUCGUAGCCAAGCCUUCUCAGCACACAUCCUUACAAGUGUCAGGCAGCACAAGGAAGGGCAUCAUUUUGAGACAAACAACGUUGCAAACAACUUUGGAUACAUCGAAUUUGAUGGUGAGAAGUCCUACAUCCUGAAAGUCUUUGGUCUAGAAACCUGGGGUGCCUUGGUAGCCAAGAUUGUAUGCAAGGAAGGACUAACGUGCACACGACGCGACACGCUGAUCGCCGUCGCUCGUGUUGUGGAAUACAACAUGAUUCAACUACUGAGAGCUGCGAUCAUGAUCAUGCUUCUUCAAUCCGAAAACUUGGAGGCACCUGAACCCUUUCGAGCCUCAGACCUUGAUAAGGCUUUUCGUGUUGGGCUGCCAUUUGAACAAUUCCUGCAUUACUGGCUUUAUGAAGACCCGACGCAUGCUUCGGAUAGGGACACUGACAAGGGGACGGAGCGGCGCCUUGUCAUCCAUUUGAUGCGCGCGGCAGGAUUUAGUUUUGAAAUAGAGGAUCCUGAUUCGGUGGCGGCCAAGAUUUGUGAUCGUCUCUUUGGCCUCACCGAAUGGUUGCUAGAUACAGCAUUCAAAUACGAAGGAACUGCGGCUAUCAGUCCUAGGGACAUCAACCGUGCUGCCUCACGCCUGCAACUUCCAUUCCCUGGGGUGUACUUGAGCGCUGAAGACGCUUCUGAAAAUGAUUCCCAUCACGGAAAUGACGAACGCUAG